GCAUCAAUGAAAUAUUUUAUAAUUUAAACUUUGUAAUAAUUAUAUAUUUUAUUUUUUAAAAUAAAUAUUGUAUUUUAAAUUGUUAAAUAUGAAUCAUAGUAAUAAUACUAAAAAUAGUAAUAGUAAUAAUAGUAAUAGUAAUAAUAGUGAUAAUAAUAAAAAUAAUAAUAUUAUAAAUAUUAAUAAUAAUAAUAAUAAUAAUAGUAAUAAUGAUAGGUUACAUAAUUUAUAUAAAAGGAUAUUUAAUAACAUUGUAAUAAAAAAAAAUAUAUCUAGAUAUUUAAAAUUAAAUAAUGACUGGAGAUUUAAAUGUAUAUCAUAUUCAUCAAUACAGAAUGGAACAUCAUUAUCACUAUCUCAAAUAAAAUUUGAUACCACAUUUAAACAUUUAAUAGUUAUAACCGAUUUCAAAAAUAUAAAAGAAUUCAAUUUGUGUUUAUAUUUAUUAAAAUCAAAUAUAUUGUGUAAUAAUUCAACUACUUCUGGUAGUGGCAGUAACAAUUUUACAAGCUUAAGAUUUAUAAAAGAUAGCAACUUUAAUAACAAUGAUAACAAUAGUAAUAAUAACAAUAACAAUAAUAAUAACAAUAAUAAUAAUAAUAAUAUUAGUAAUAAUAGUAAAAAAAAAAAAAACAAAAUUAAAAUUAAAAUUCAAGAAUUUCAAAUCCCAGCUACAAUAAAAGAACUGGCUUUUGGGGACUCUAUAAAACUAGAAGUUGAAACAAAAAAAGCGUCAGUGCCACUAUUUAAUAAUUUGACCGUGUUGGAACUUGGUAAAAAAAAUGAAGCAGUACUGCUAAAUGGUUACCUAUCAAUGGCAAAUAAUUUGAAGCAACUAGUUAUAAAUCACAAUCUUUCCAAACCACUCAAAAAAGAAAUGUUCCCAAUUCAGUUAGAAUCAUUAACAAUGAAAUCAAAAUAUUUAUUUAGUACAAUUUAUCUUCCAGAUCAACUAAAGGAACUCUCUUUUAUUGGCAAACCCUCUUCGCCUAUAGAUAUGAGCAGUGCAAUUUUAGAUUCUAUUCCAAAAAAUUUAACAUCACUUAGAAUAGAGUACUGCUUUAAUACUGAAAUAAUAACAAAACCAAGUAUAAUGAACUCGCUUCAUAAACUAAAUAUCAUUUACAACAACAUAGAUAGUGAGAGACACUUUCUUUAUUACUAUACAAAUAUUUUACCAAACUCCAAACUAUUAAAGUCAUUAGAAAUAUCAACAUUCAUAAAUAAUUACUAUAUAUUUGUAAACCCUGAUUUACUUCCGCCCACCCUAAAUUCAUUAAAACUGCCAUUUCAUUUUUCAACUUCUCCCAUUUUACAAUCAAAUUCAGAAACGGAAUCAAUAUUAUCAAUAAACCCAAUGAAUGAUAACACCACAACAACAGUAUUAAAAGGAUACCCAGGCUCAAUUACCAGCUUUAAAGGCACAUUACAACAACUGACAUCAACAAAAUUUGAAAAUCUAUUAAACAUAACCUCAUUAAAUUUAUUAUUACUAUCAUUCAUCAGCUUACCCAAUACAGCAACCAACAACAACUUUGAACAAAACUUUAGUAAACUUUCAAAUUUGGAUUCACUCAUUCUUAAUUUACACGAGCUAACUCUAAUAUCAACCAUACCAGAAACAAUAAGAUCAACAAUUAACAAUUUAGAGCUUUAUCGAUUCCAUCCAACUGAAACUGACGAUUUAGAUUCUCAAAUUUCUCAAUUUUACUCAAAUCUCAAGCUAAAAGAAUCUUUUUCAAAACUAAAAUAUCUAAAGAUUGAUGAAAACUUUACAUUUAUAUUUAUGAGCCAUUAUAAAAAAGAAAAAGAAAAAGAUAAAAGUAAUCCAAUUGCAGAUGGAGCCGUAAAUUUAUUUCCCUCAACUCUGCUAUUAUUAGACUUAACAUUCGGUGGAACAUCAGCAGUAGAAGCAAAUGAAAAGAUUAUUUUAAACAAAUCAUUUUUUCCACCAGGUAUCAAAAUUUUAGUUAUUAGAGGUACUCACAAAUCAGUAAUAGAGAAAUUACCAAAUUCCAUAGAGUUUAUUUUUAUUCAAGACACAAAUCCAUUACUAAACGAUAGAUUAUUUAUUGACGAUUAUUCAUCUAUAGUCAGAACUUUUAAUCAAGCAGAUGAAAAAAUAUUAUACAAUAAUUUAAAAACUCAACUAAAUGAAUUUUAUUUAUAA